AUGGAUCAUAAUUUAAGGAGAAACUUUUGUGUUGAAUGGGGCUUGGUGUUUCCAGAUGCCAAUGGGGAAUACCAGUCUCCUAUUAACCUAAACUCCAGAGAAGCUAGAUAUGACCCCUCGCUGCUGGAUGUCCGCCUUUCUCCAAAUUAUGUGGUCUGCCGGGACUGUGAAGUCACUAAUGAUGGACACACCAUUCAGGUUAUCCUGAAGUCAAAAUCAGUUCUGUCUGGAGGACCAUUGCCCCAAGGGCAUGAAUUUGAGCUGUAUGAAGUUAGAUUUCAUUGGGGAAGAGAAAACCAGCGUGGUUCUGAGCACACCGUUAAUUUCAAAGCUUUUCCCAUGGAGGGGGUAAUGAGAAUACUGUUGAUAAUGUCUUAUGAAUACUGCAUAUGUGGCACAUGUGGUAAAUAUAGCACAUGCCAUAUCAUAUUUAAUCCAUCACAGCUGCACCUGAUCCACUGGAACUCCACUCUGUUUGGCAGCAUUGAUGAGGCUGUGGGGAAGCCACAUGGCAUAGCCAUCAUUGCCCUGUUCGUUCAGAUAGGGAAGGAACAUGUUGGCCUGAAAGCUGUGACUGAAAUACUCCAGGAUAUUCAAUAUAAGGGAAAGUCCAAAACAAUACCUUGCUUUAAUCCUAACACUUUAUUACCAGACCCUCUGCUGCGGGAUUACUGGGUCUAUGAAGGCUCUCUUACGAUCCCACCUUGCAGCGAAGGUGUUACCUGGAUAUUAUUCCGAUACCCUUUAACUAUAUCCCAGUUACAGAUAGAAGAAUUUCGCAGGCUGAGGACGCAUGUUAAGGGGGCAGAACUUGUGGAAGGUUGUGAUGGAAUUUUGGGAGACAACUUUCGACCUACUCAGCCACUUAGUGACAGAGUCAUCAGAGCUGCAUUUCAGUAGCCAUCUCCCUCAGGGAGGAAGACAAUGGUCCUGGGGUGUGUCCUUGGAUGGGAAAUGGAAACUUGUGAACUGAAGCUUCACUUUAUCCCCACAGCCUGCAGUGUUUGUCUUUGUCUAAUGACCUUUGGUGGACAUCCAUGAGACUUGCCUGUACAAAGCUGUAAUGAAGUAUGAGAAGUGGCUGUAUAUUCAAGAGAGGCCCCACAUUGUAUGCCCAUAUACAUUGCACACAUACUGUAUGUGGCUUAUGUGUAGAAAAAUGAAGCUAGUUUUCAGAGUUUAUAUUAACAUGAAUAUAUAUCAUGUAUUUAAUAUUGAGAUAGACAAAAAUGCAUUUCUGGCAUUAGUAAUCUCCAUUUCUUUUGUCUAACAGAAAAUUUGUUCAUGUUGAGACUAGUGUAAUUCUUGAUAGUAAAAUAAAAACUUUGAUUAAGAAUAGCCUAGAGCUUUACAGUGCACUGAGAAGGAUUAUUAAAACCCACCUUAUGGUAUUUUUCAGUACCCAUACCAAAAUUAUUGUCAAGCUGAUUUGUCAUGGAAGAUAAUUUAAGUUGAUGAAGUGAUAUAAAACCCACUUUAUUUCUUAAAGGAUUUAAUUGAAUAUAUGAAUUUAAUAUGAAAUAUCUGAAGCUGUGGUUUCUAAAAAUUUGAGAAUGGCAUAAGAGAUAAAAUGAUGUAAAGAAGAUGGGUACAGCACACCAGGAAUAGCUUUAUUUUCCACAAAUAAAAAUAUGGAUUUAGAAGUGUCCUGUUUUAAUUUAAAUCUACACUUUAUAAAACUUCAAUGUAUUUUAUUAUAUAGAUUGCACUUCUUUGAAAGCUGGCCAACAAUACCCUUAUUUUAAUUAAUUGUAAGUGCUACUGCAAAUUUGAGCAUAUACUUAUUGUCAGAUGUGACAGAAUGAGAAUUUAUGUAAAGCAAUGAAGUCCUUGGCUCAAAGGAAGAGCACAAUAAAUAUUUUUUGUUGUUAUAA